CAAGAAAGUACCGAUAUUUUUAUUUGGUUGGAUUUUGGCAGACAAAAUGUUCCGUAAAAAUUUAGUGGUAAUAAAUUGGAAAUCCGCAGUGUUUCUGGUGCUAUCCGUAAUGCUGGCUAACAUUCGAAUAACCCAAACAUCCGUCAGUUCCAACAAUCCUGAAGUGAUACCAACCAAGCUCGAGAAGUCCAGUACAGACAAUGAUCAAAGAAUACUCACCAUCAACUCUGGGAAUAAAAUCCCUUCCGACACCAGUCACUGCCCGAACGAAACGCUCUGCACGGAUUUACCCAAUUCCUGUCUGCAGUGUAAUUACAAUGCCCAGUGCAUUUACGGAACGGAAAUGACAGUGCUCUGUUCGGCAAAACUUUCCGUCAAUUGUCAUCCGGGAGAUCACGAGGUUAAAAGGAAAACAAUUUGCCGUUAUUGUUAUCAAACGGAGCGAUGGGAGCAGAUCUGCGAGCACAAGGGAGGCUGCAACUCGAUCGAUGCUCAGUACAAAACGAACUGUACCGUGCGGCCGGAAAUCCUGUGUAUGGGUCAUAGGACGUUUAUGAGGAAGGUUCCCUGCAACUGGACCCAGGGCUACCGUUGGUCAACCACGUUGAUCUUGAGCAUUACUCUGGGUGGAUUCGGAGUGGAUCGGUUCUUCCUGGGACAUUGGCAGGAAGGUAUCGGAAAACUGUUCAGCUUCGGAGGGCUGGGUGUUUGGACACUGAUCGAUGUGUUGCUGAUUUCGCUGCAUUAUCUUGGACCUGCCGAUGGUUCCUUGUACAUUUGAAAAUGAUGUAAAAUUAUUGCGAAUAGCAGCACUGAUCGAUUAUUGUGAUAAUAAAAUAAGGUAGUUGAUUUAAAACAUA